AGACUCAUUAAAUCUGGUCCACUGAUUACAUUUAACUGCCAGCUUCAAACCCAUUUGACAUGUCUUACCGAUCGGUCCAUGUAGAGAAUGUCAGUGUGUGGGAGGAGCUUCUGAGACUGAAACAAUCCCAGCAUCUGGGAGGGAUUUCAUGAGGAAUGAAACAUAUGUAGGACACACAAAGACUUCCUGGUAGGCUGGCUCUAGCAUGUUACAGAUCAAGGAGAAUGAGUCUUUCAGCAGAGGAAGGAUAUGAAUACAAUGAAGAACUCAGAAUCGUCUUGUUGGGUAAAACUGGAGUAGGAAAGAGUGCUGUGGCAAACACCAUACUGGGGAGGGAAGAGUUAAACUCAUGUCUCAGCUCCACCUCUGUUACCACAGACACUGUAAAGAAACAGACAGUGGAACACAACAAAUUGGUGACUGUGGUGGACACCCCAGGUCUGUUUGACACAGAAAAGCCCAAUGAGAUGAUAAAGGAGGAGAUGAUAAAAUGUGUUCAGUUCUCCUGUCCAGGGCCACAUGCUUUCCUGGUGGUCAUGCAGCUGACCAGAUUCACAAAGGAGGAGAAGAUGUGUGUCGAAGCUCUGCAGGAGAUCUUUGGUGAAGAAGCAAGCAAGUUUAUGAUCGUCCUGUUCACUCGUGGAGAUGAUCUUGAAGACCAAACCAUUCAAGAGUUUGUUGAAAAUGGCGAACCCACUCUGAAGGAGGUGAUCAGAAAGUGUGGAGACAGGUAUCACGUCUUCAACAACAGGGAGAUGUCCAACAGAGCCCAAGUGAAGGAGCUGUUGGAGAUUAUUGACCGCAUGAUGGCCCUGAAUGGGGGAGGCUUCUACACGCAGGAGAUGUAUGAGGAGGCAGAGGCCAAGAUCAGGGAGAAGAUGGAGGAGAUUAGGAGGAAGGAGUCUUUUAGUAAAACCAAGAAUUUCUGGCGGGAUAAGGAUGAGGAAGAGAAACAUUACCGAGAGAUGGCAGAAAGGAGUGACCUCAAUUGUAACUUUAAAAAGAAUCUAAAUCAGAAAGUUCAUAAUGCAUACAAAGUUGUACAAAAUUAAUUUGUUUUGGCCAAAUAAAGGUGCAUCUUCCCAUUUGUACAGAUGUGACUGACAGUGUCUAGGGUCCUUACAAUCUUGUAUGUAAAAACCUUAAUACUCUAUGUUUGUUAAAGAAUAAUAAUCAGUUUUAUUUACCUUGAAGGAAUCAUAUGACUGUAUCAUUUAAGAUACCCUACAACAUACAGUUUAAUUGUCAAACAACAAAUUCCAUAUAUUCUCUAUGUCAGAGUGUGAUUGUUCCUCCUGGACAGGGUGGUGGGGGCCUGCAGUCUAUCCCAGUCAGCUAAGGGCACAAAGCAGGGUAGCAUGUGAUUUGCAUUUAAUAUUAAGGCUGUCAUUUCAUUCAUGUGCUUUGAUCUGU